UAUCUGAACUAACAAUCUCCAAACAUUGAUCCAAUUUAAAAACUUAAAAUGUUACAAAGUUUUCCACUCUUUGCAUAUCCUCAAGAAACUCAGAGAGAAUGGAAACUAAUGUUACAAACAAAUUCAAAGGCAAACAAAGGUGUGAAAACACAGACUGAAGUCAGCAUGAGGAAGUUAUUUAUUAUUACAGGAAGAAGAAGCUGUAUUCACUUCUAAGAAGCUGCACGUUCGAUACGCUGACAGUUGACAGCGUGAGACCGAGAGAGAAACACGAUGGCUGGAUUCAAGUGGAUUAUAUUUUCUUUAUUUCUGAUGCUGCUGUUCAGUUUUUCAGCGUCAACUUGGUCUCAUUCCUCCUUCACUGUCAGAGCUGGAGAUGAAGUCACUUUACCUUGUGCAAGUGUGACAGAUGAUCAGGAUAAGUGUGAUGAUACUACCUGGGUCCUCAGAAGGUCAGGAAACACAGUACUGAAUUUUAAACAAGGACAGCUUGACAAAGAAGACAAAUCUAAAUCAGACAGACUGAGUGUUACACAGAACUGUUCUCUGGUUAUAAAGAAGGUCACAGAUGAGGAUGUUGGUGCCUACACUUGCAAACAGGACAAAACAGGAAAACAACAACAGCUAUCUCUAAUUAAUCUGUCUGUUGUUACCAUGACUGAACACGAGAACACUGAUCAGGUGGUGUUAAACUGUUCUGUGUCAGUACAUGGAUGGUGUAGACACAGAGUGAAGUGGCUGUAUGAGGGUAAAGGCGUGGAUGAAGAUAACAGAGACUUGAACACAUCACAGUGCUCAGUUACUGUCACAUUUCUUACCUCUUAUCUGAAGCAGGAGUCAAACCAUCAUGACUUAUUUAAAUGUGAAGUGACUGAUGAUUACACUGAAACAGUGCAGCAGUUCACCUUCAACCGUCAGUCCUCAGGUGAUGAUGCAACAACGGCAACUACAACAUCACCAACAACAACUAAAUCAACAUCGACAGAAGGAAACAAAUGGACAUCAGUGAAAAUGAAGUUCAGCACCGCAGCUCUGGUCGUUGCAGCACUUUUCAUCUUUGUGGUGGCCGUCAUCAAAUGGAAGAGAGCUCAAGAAAAUCAAACACAGAUGCAUCAGAACACGGCUGAUCCUGAAGGUGGUGUUUCCUACGCCUCCAUCAGGUACACCAAGAAGCCCGACAGGAAAGCCCAGGUUGUUGAUGAUGAUGAUAAUGACGAAGGUGAUAUAGUGACCUACAGCACCGUGAAAGCUUCCGCAGGCUCCCUCUAGAGGUGGAGAGGGUGAACAGAUGGGGCAGGCAUGUUGGAUAUAUACUGUACAUAUGUAUAUAUUAUGCUAUACUAUAGUGUAUUCUUUAUACUGUUUCCCUGCAUGCCGGAUAUUUUUGUGAAAUUAAUUUUUGUUGUUUAUGGUUGAAUGCUUUAUCUAACAUGUAAGUGUGUAUUGCUUUUUGUGUCCACCAUUUUAUAUGAUUUAUUAAAUAAUAUGCUUUAUUAUAUGCUUUAUUAAAUAAAUAAAUCCGGGCGGUCGGUAGUGUAGUGGGUUAAGCGGCCGCCCCAUGUGUAGAGGCUUCAGUCCUCGCUGCA